GGGUGGGACCUCUUAACAUCAGGGAAGUGAAGUGUUUUCCCAUUGCGGAGGCAAAACAAAUGAACAGUUUCUAUUAAAGAACCACCCAAAGGAAUUAGUUAGUCGCACCGCAGUGGUUUCCUGGUCGGUCGGUGCUCGCGGUGAGUUGGUUAACUCGAUGUUAACUCAACUCAAGUGUUAUUUGAAUCUUCGAUAACGCGUUACGAAGAGUAUUAAUGACUACGACUUCAACCUGAGCUUCCUGAACCGAAGUCAAGCUCGGUAAUCUAAACCUACAGCUGCAGAGGACGGCGAAGGGAGACGGGUUCGGCAGAAGGUUAGCCACCAGCCCGCCGUAGUAAGCUCUUUAAUAAAAACGAUUCGGAUUAACUUUUGGUCAAAAUUAACGUGCUUCGGAGAUGUCUCUGGCCGACCAGAGCCAGCAGUGGUUCCCUACGAGUGUCCAGGUAACGGUCCAUCAGGCUCGGAACCUGCGUGCCAAGGGGAAACAUGGCACCAACGACGCCUACGCCAUCAUCCAGGUGGCCAAAGACAAGUUUUCGACCUCCGUCUCUGAGAAAUGUGUCGAUCCGGUGUGGAAAGAAGAGGCGUCGUUCGACCUGCCGCUCUUCCACCCGGGCAACGGCGACCGCUGCACGCUGUACGUCACCGCAAUGCACCGGGCUCAGGUGGGGCUCGACAAGUUCUUGGGUCAAGCUGUGGUGAACUUACUGGAUCUGCACGACAACACCCCUCGCAAAAAGACCGAUUGGUUCAAGCUGGUGGACAAGAGUGGAAAAGAGGACAAGGCGCGAGGCGAGUUCCUGCUAGAUAUCCAAUUUAUGAGAAACAACAUGUCAGCUAGCAUGUUAGACCUUUCAAUGCAGGACAAACCGCGCUCCCGCAUCUCCAAGCUGAAGGACAAAGUCCGUGGGAAGAAAAGGGAUGGCUUCUCUGACUCUGCUUCAGCUAUCGUUCCCUCUGUCAGUAAGGUCCUCACAGACAGCGAGGGAGAGGUUGACACACAGUCCCUCAAUCAGUCCGAAGGAGUGAAGAAGAAAUCUAAACUCAAAAGCCUCUUUGCUCCCAAAUCAAACUUGCACCGUAACAUCUCACAGUCCAUGUCUACACUGGGGACUCUUCCAGAGAAGAAUUCAUCUAUCAGUGGCAGCCGCUCAUCUGGCCUCAAUGUGGACUCUCCUGAUGUUAAAAAGAAAUUCAAAUUCCUGGGACACAAGCGAACAGGCAGCUCUGACAGCAAGCACUCUCUGGGUGCUUUCUCUCUUCUGGGUCGCUCCAAGCAGAGCAACAGUGACCUGAACAACCUGUGCAUCAAUGGCAGCCAUGUGUACGCAGAGGAAACGGAUCCCCAAAGUGGUUCGACUCUCAGUCUGAACAGCUCAGGCCAAGGAUCUGUGGAGGACAUCCGCAAACACACCUCAGAAGUCUCCGUAGAUACAUUUAUAAGUGUACCAGUUCCCUCCUUUAAGCAUGAGUCAACAGAUAAGGCUAUACUGGAGCAACAGCGUCAUCAAGAGGAGGAGGAGAGAAGGCAGGCAGAAGAGAGGCACACAGCAGAGGCCAAGAGGGUGGAGGAGGAGAAGUACAGGGUAGAGGCCAAGAGGAUGCAGGAGGAAGAGGAGCAUGGACAACAAGAGGAACAGGAGAGGAAGAGACACUUCCUUGAAGAUGAGGCAAGGAGGAAGAAACAGAGAGAGGAGGAGGAAGAAGAAAGGAGAAAGCAAGAGGAAGCGGCAGAAUGCCAGAAGCUCGAGGAGGAGCGACGCAGAUCUGACGAUCUGAAACGACAGGAGGAGGCCUCCAUGAGCGACAGGCUCUCGUCUCUGUUUGGAAUGAUCAGAAAGAAGGAGGAGAAAAAAGAGGAGCUACCCAUAACGGCUCCUUUCAGCAAUUCAGGAGAUCCUGAUAAACUGAGCUCCCACCCCUCAGCCAAUCCAUUCGAGGUCAUUGAUAUUGGCAUUGACAACGAAAGACCAGUGGAUCACCAGAAAUCCAGCGGCAACCCACAAACCCCCUCUGCCAUGCUCUUCCUCAACCGUACUGCUAAAGUGUCUGCAGUCAAACCCAGAUAUACUCAAUCUUUGGAGUCUGAACCUGCUGAGUGCCAAACCCCCAGUCAGCUGUGUCCUUCCCCAGCAACCUCUGAAUCCAACCUCCCUAGUGUGCCGUUUGACUCCCCUGAUACUUUCUCCAGUUUCCGCUCAUCUCUGGCUUUACCAAACAUAAGUCAAAGCCCGUCUGGUUCUCCUCGUGGCAGCAUAGAGGAUUUGUCCACAGGAUUUGUGGAAUCUUCACUCAUGGCGGAGAAGAAAAGAAGAGCUCCUGAGGCACCCUUGUACAUAACACAUGGGGACAAAACUGGAGGAAAUACCGCUCCUUUCAGAGAGAUCACUAACCCUGCAUAUGUAGAGAAAGAUAACCCAGAACCAGGCAGAAAAAUGUCUCUACCGCUUCCUGAUUACAACACCCUAUUUCCUGAUAAGAGACAUGGAGUGCAAGGCCACACCCGAUGGGACCAUAUAAUUGCUGAGGUCAAUCAGAAACACAGGGACUUUGCAGAGAUGAGUGUGGAUGACCCAGAGGAGAAUGAACCCACGUUUUCACUCCCACAGGAGAGUCCUGCUAUGCAAUUACUGAAGCAUUACCAAACACAAUCUCAGCAAACCAAACCCGUGUCAAUAAAAAAAGCAGCAGCCCCAGUUCCCCCUAAACCAGUAGCACCUCCAGGCCCUCGAUCAGUAACUGAUUCCAGUCAAACACAGAGCCAGAAUACUGCCAGCCAAUCUCUCAUGAGGCCUAAUCUGCCCACAGUUUCAGAACCUGUAAACACAAGAAGAGAAAGUCUCUCAGAGUUUUCCAGGUUUGGCGCAAGGAGGGCGCUACGCCCAUCACCUGGAGCAACACAUGCACCCAGAUCAGCUAGCCAAAUGGACUUGAAAACAACCACACCAGACGAUGAAAGAGAAGUGCAAGCCACUGUAAAUAUAGAGGCACCCACAGCUCAACCCAGACAGAGGGCUCGUGGCAAAGAGACAGUACAGCAAGAAGACUCUGCUCUGACACCAGUGGUCUCAGACAAAUAUAUGAACAGUACCAUCCAAACAUUACCUAGUUCAGGUAUGAGCAGCAUGGUCACAAAAGGCAGGCAGGCAGAGCUUGACCCAUUCCCCAGUACUGAGCUUCUCUCAAAAGACCCAUGGGCACAGCUGAAGCCAAACCAAGAAGUAGAUCCCUUUUCCACUGGCAGUGUACAAAAAGAGCAGACAGUUGAAGAUCGCGGAAUGACCCCAGACGAUCUUGAUAACAUUUUUAGUCAAGAGAAACAGACAGAUUUUGUUGCAGAUUUUUAUGGCAGCGAGUCAAACAAACACACUGAGUACGUGAAAAAAGAUUCUCAAAAUCAGGUCAGUCCUGUUUUCCAUGGAGGGAAUUCACAGAGACAAAAACAAAGUAUUCCGUUCACAACUCACUCGGAUAAUAAGACUUCCAGGUCUCAACAAAAGCCUGUACAUAAAGAAGAAACAACCAUAACCACAGCUAAUCAAGUCUACUCCGCAAAAAGUGUCAGGAAUGGGUCCAUAACACAGAAGCCUUCAGAUGAUGCGAGAACACAUAGGGUAUUUCAUGGACGCGAAGAUCAAUUUGGAGCUGAACCUUUGAGGUCAACGUUGACGUCCUCGGAACCCCUCAAGCUAGAUGUGGAGGAAGUGGAACCAGCAUCUCCGGCAGGAGGUUUGUCUGUGGGAAAGGCAUCUUUGCCGGCAUUGGUCUCACCCUCUGAUGUUCAGCCUGUCAGUGCUCAGAAUAGCAAUGGAGGUGGGCUAGCCUUAACUCCACGCAGGCCUCAUCCUGUGAAGCCCAUGAGCUCAGAGAGCCAGCAUCCAAUCAGCACCACUGCUGUGAAAGAGAAAAAGGUCCGCAAGAGCUCACCAGGGAAGGUUCAGGUGGCCAACUCGGUGGAUAGUGGUCCUUUCACUCAGCUGACACAGGAAGAGUUGAUCACAAUGGUGGUGAGGCAGCAAGCCGACCUGUCCAAGAAGGACUCUCAGAUCGUGGAGCUCGAGGAGUACAUUGACAACCUGCUGGUACGUGUCAUAGACGAGCAGCCGGGCAUCCUGCAAUUUGAUAAACCAGCGUAAGGUAACGGCUGCUGGCAGGCCAGAGUCCCACUUAAGGAGACGUUAUGUUUGUUGUGUGUUUGUACUGUGGUUACUGUGUGCUCAGUAAUGCGGUCUCAUCUUAGAGCAUAUGCACUUUCUUAGCUUCAGGCAUAUUUUUUUGAGAAUGCUGGAUAUUUUAAUAACACAUAAUAAUUAGCUGGGAAGCACAAAUCAAACUUUUUCAGUACCGAUAUCUGGGCUUUGGGUAUUGCCCGGUAGCGAGUACCGGUCGGAUACCAGUGUUAACUUAAUAAGCUGUGUGCCUCACUGUGAGGAGGUGACCGGGAUCAUUUGUUUAUGUGUAAGGAAACAUCAGGCUUGACUUAAACAUGGCUUUCCUUACUUUGUUAUGUGUUUGUUACAAAAUGCAACCAAUGAAUACAUAGAUAAAAAUGUUGUGUAUUGUUAUUUAUUAAAAUAAUGGUACCCGGUAGCAGAUUGGCCCACUGUCACACAUACCAGAUCCAGCUAUUUGAGUUGGUAUCGGACCGAUAUCUGAUAUCUGUAUCGCUGCAUCUUUAAUAACAAGCAAGUAACACAUCUUUAUAUGAGAAAAUGAAUGUAUUUGUUUUGACACUAUGGUACUGGGAUUUGCUUUAAAUAUCUAUUCUACUUGAGUGGAGCUUUAUUUUAUGUACUAAUGAUGUAGAUACAAAUUUGUGUUUUUUUUUUUCCAAAGAUUAUUAUUAUUAUUAUCUGGCCUUUUUGACUCUUUACACUGGGCUUUGUGUAACUUAUUUAUGUGCAAUGAAUGAUGAUAUACAUAACCUUAAACAACCAUCCUAAUUCAAGAUUAAGAUUGUUUGUAUAACGGGCACAUUGACUUUUACCACUGAAAUCUUGUUUUGUGUUUCCUUUGUUGAACCUUUUGACAUAAUUUAAAAACAUUCCUGCAAUGUUUAACUCACCACAGAUGAAUGUCAGCUGGUCGUCCAGCUGUAAAAACAUUAUGUGCCUAUUUCUGCUUCCAAGAGGUGUUAUUUAGAAUACCAGCAAUAAAUAAAAGCAAGCAGCUGCUAUGUGUUGUGCAUAGAUUGAAUUGCACGGCAGCAGGUAUAUCGUUUUUCUUUUAUGUGACUGUUUUGAAGCCUGUGCACAUUGUUUAAAAUAUUAUGCAAGUAAUCGUGGAGAAUCAAACUCUUCUAUAAUAAUGUGAGCGUUUGAUCACUGUGGUCUUUGUGUUGUGAUUGUUCAGUGAAAACCAAGAGAUAAUCAAAAACAAAUGUUCAGAGACACUGUAAUUGACUCAGUAUCAGUAAUAACCAACCAGCCUUGUUUUUGUAAUUGAAUUACACUAAUAAAUGAACAUCUAUGCCUUUUUAUAUGACGAUAUUUUAUCUUUUUGCAGUCAUUAUAGCAAUAUUAAUCUUGAGAAUGUACGUGUGCCUUCAAAACGUCUUAAUGAGUUGUGUUUCUGGAUAGGCGAACGUACCGCCUGAUGUACGAGCGAUAGAUGCAUGUACAGCUUGGUGUACGAGCGUCUGUAGACGAACGUACCGCCUGAUGUAUGAGCGUCUGUAGGCGCACGUACAACAUGAUGUAUGAGCGUCUGUAGGCGCACGUACAGCCUGAUGUAUGAGCGUCUGUAGAUGCACGUACCGCCUGAUGUAUGAGCGUAUGUAGGCAAACGUACCGCCUGAUGUAUGAGCGUCUGUAGGCGCACGUACAACAUGAUGUAUGAGCGUCUGUAGGCGCACGUACAGCCUGAUGUAUGAGCGUCUGUAGAUGCACGUACCGCCUGAUGUAUGAGCGUAUGUAGGCAAACGUACCGCCUGAUGUAUGAGCGUCUGUAGGCGCACGUACAACAUGAUGUAUGAGCGUCUGUAGGCGCACGUACAGCCUGAUGUAUGAGCGUCUGUAGAUGCACGUACAGCCUGAUGUAUGAGUGUCUGUAGGCGCACGUACAGCCUGAUGUAUGAGCGUCUGUAGAUACACGUACAGCCUGAUGUAUGAGCGUAUGUAGGCAAACGUACCGCCUGAUGUAUGAGCGUCUGUAGAUGCACGUACAGCAUGAUGUAUGAGCGUCUGUAGGCGAAAGUACCGCCUGAUGUACGAGCGUCUGUAGAUGCAUGUACAGCUUGAUGUACGAGCGUCUGUAGAUGCACGUACCGCCUGAUGUACGAGCGUCUGUAGGCGCACGUACAACAUGAUGUAUGAGCGUCUGUAGAUGCACGUACAGCCUGAUGUAUGAGCGUCUGUAGAUGUACGUACAGCCUGAUGUACGAGCGUCUGUAUGUAAUUCUACAGUCGAUGUAAAACCUCUGAAGGAUGUGACGCUGAGAAAAUGUUUUAUUUUAAAUAAAGACAUUCAUUAUUUCAAUACA